AGGUCUCUGAAAUACAACUCGUUGAGAGAAAAGCUAAUAAAAUAGAAAAACUGUUCGUGUCAAUUUGUUGUAUAUUAUUUUUCUUUAAUUUCACAAAUUAAUCAUAUUUAUUUAAAUAAAAAUUAUAUAAAUUACAUCACUAUAGCUAAAAAUAAAUGUAUAUAUAGAGAUAUUUUCCAAUAAAAUUGUGUAAAUAUACAAAAAAAUCGAUAUGAAUAAAAUUUUGUGAGAACGUGUGUGUGUGUGUGAAUGAAUGUGUGUGUGUUGGAACAAAAUUAAGUCAAGUCUCGGAGGCGGCUAAAUAAUACAUUGGAACAACAAUAAAAUAUAAUUUUAAUAUAUUUGUGCAAUAAAAAUACAUAUUUUAAAAAUAUUAUGAACAAUACAUAACUUAAAAAUAUGGAGAGAAGAGUUAAAUUGAAAUCUAUAAAUCCUCACAUUACUUGUAAAAUCUGUGGAGGCUAUUUCAUUGAUGCCACCACAGUUACAGAAUGUUUACAUACCUUUUGUAAAAGUUGUUUGGUAAAACAUCUGGAGGAGAAGAAGACCUGUCCUACCUGCGAAAAUGUUAUACAUCAAUCUCACCCGCUUCAGUAUAUUAGCUUUGAUCGGACAAUGCAAGAUAUUGUUUAUAAAUUAGUGCCAAAUCUACAAGAAGAUGAAAUGCGUAGAGAGCGUGAUUUCUACAAGAGUCGUAAUAUGGCAUGUCCCAAAGAUUUGCCACAAAAUCAUGACGAUGACAAUGAAAAGGUUAUGGAAGCACAUGCUGAAUCCGAUUUCCAUCGAUUAGACGAACAAGUCAAUGUCUGCUUGGAAUGCAUGAGUAACAAUUUCAAAAGCUUACAAAGACGUUUCAUACGCUGCAGUUCUCAGGCGACAAUUACGCAUCUUAAGAAAUUGGUGGCCAAAAAGAUUUUAAAUGGCAUUGAUAAAUAUAGAGAGAUUGAUAUAUUGUGCAAUGAGGAAUUGUUGGGCAAGGAUCAUACCUUAAAAUUUGUUUAUGUUACCCGUUGGCGUUUUCGAGAGCCUCCUUUACGUUUACAAUUUCGUCCUAGAGUAGAAAUUUAGUUUUACCCGAAAUUAUUAUUAGUCUUACAACCCUUUUUCUCUAUGUCUGGUUAGUUUUUGUUAACGCACUAAUAUAUUGACAGAUUUUAUACAAUUAUUUGACCAAUUCACAAUUGAUGUUCUAGCGUUGUAUGUCAUUAAUAUUUUUCAAACUAAACUUUUAAUAACAAAAAAAAAAAUACCACAUACAACAAUACGACAACGUUUGUGUAUUGAACAAUUAUUUUAACCAGAUCUUUACGUUAAACUUCAACCAGAUGUUGAGUUAGUGGGACUUUAAUAUUUUACAUAAACUAAAAUUUAAUA